UUAAAUCACCUAUCAACUUAAAUUUCAUAGAAAGCUUUUCUCCAUCAUCGGUACGCUACGAUUUUUGCAGGACCCUGACUGGAGUAGAAGUGUCAAGAACCAGUUGAUCCCAAUAACUCGAGUUGUUGGGAAAAGGUUCAAUCGUGGAUCAUAUACCACAACACUAACACGUCCCCUCAAACGAAAGCCACUCACAAGGGCUUGAAGUUUGCACAGGUUUGAAGACAAGAAUACCAUGUGCUUAACAAAUGGGGGUCACCGGUAAUCGAACACAAGACCUCUCGGUCACAGAAGGCUCUGAUACCAUGUCAAGAAUCAGUUGAUCCCAAUAACUCGAGUUGUUAGAAAAUGUUCAACCGUGAUCAUAUACCACAACACUAACAAGAAAGACAUGCCCGGUUUGAUCAGAUUACUCUGAUGGGUCAAACAACUUGGUAACGGGGAGAUAGGCACAAUUGGCGAAAACAAAAAUGAAAUUGAAGAGACCAACAAACAAAUCAUUACUACGGAAAGUCCACCAUGCACAUGGCUUCUUCUAUGUAAUCUGCCUUCAAUUAAUUUCUUGCUCUCUCUCACCAAAACAACCCACCACUGCCAUUAAAAAAAGAUGCAGACAAGAAGUACAAGCUAUAAGUUCUGAAAAAAACUGGAACGGAAGAAAUAUCUCACAGAAGUUAUACUGCACCAUCAACCAAUCAAAAGCAGCAGCAAGCAAGGAGGAAGAAGAAGAAGACACAGAGAAUCACACUCUCCAAUGUAACUCAUGACUCCUUCCCUCCAUUGCUGCCCUCUCUCUCUCUCUCUCUCUCUCUCUGCUUCCCCUGUUUCUUUCUCUCUCUAUCUGUGAUAUCAGCAGCUUCAGUUUAUUCAAUAUAAAACAAUAGUUCCCAUCUUUCGAUUCGUCGUGUACGUAGGCUACAGAUACCAAUCUAGAAAGUUGCUUUCUUUUACUCUGUUCCAUUACUUAAGCUCUUCCCUUGCUGUACUCUGUUUCACUCUGGUUCUCUGUUUUCAAGCAUCCAGAUUUUCAGGCGAGGUAGAUCUACAUUUCCGGCCGAAAUGGGGAGACAAUGGGUUUCCACUUGUUCCAUACUUCUCCUUCUAUCACUAGUAUCCUGCAGCUCAUUCGCAUCAGCCGCAAAACCUCCUUACUUGAAGUACAAAGACCCAAAGCAGCCCGUCGGAGCCAGAGUCAAAGACCUGGUCAAGAGAAUGACCCUGGAAGAGAAAAUCGGCCAGAUGGUUCAGAUUGAUCUCACCGUCGCUUCCUCUGCUGUAUUGAAGAAGUACUUCCUAGGGAGUGUACUGAGUGGUGGAGGCAGCGUUCCAUCCCCAAAAGCUUCAGCUGCAGCCUGGGUCAAUACUGUAAACGGACUCCAGAAGGGAGCUUUAUCCACCCGCUUGGGAAUCCCCAUGAUCUACGGGAUCGAUGCUGUUCAUGGCCACAACAAUGUCUACAACGCCACCAUUUUCCCCCACAAUGUUGGACUCGGCGUCACAAGGGAUCCCCAGCUAGUAAAAAAGAUUGGAGCUGCAACCGCCAUGGAAGUCAGAGCAACUGGGAUACCAUAUGUGUUUGCUCCAUGCAUUGCUGUUUGCAGAGAUCCAAGAUGGGGUCGGUGCUACGAGAGCUACAGUGAGGAUCACACCAUUGUCCAGAAGAUGACAGAGAUCAUACCAGGUUUACAAGGAGAUCUUCCUGCAAAUUCCAGAAAGGGUGUUCCCUUUGUUGAUAAUGGAGGGACCAAGGUUGCAGCUUGUGCCAAGCAUUACUUGGGAGACGGUGGCACAACCAAGGGCAUCAACGAGAACAACACGGUCAUCUCCCAGAAUGGACUGAUGAGCAUCCACAUGCCUGCAUAUUACAACUCCGUCAGCAAAGGCGUGGCCACGGUCAUGGUUUCGUACUCGAGCUGGAACGGGAAGAAGAUGCACGCGAAUCGCGAGCUCAUCACAGGGUACCUCAAGAACAAGCUCAAGUUCAGGGGGUUCGUGAUUUCGGACUGGCAAGGAAUCGACAGGAUCACUUCUCCACCACAUACCAAUUACAGCACUUCCAUUACUGCAGGGGUUGGCGCUGGAAUCGACAUGAUCAUGGUUGCCUACAACUACACAGAGUUGAUUACUAACAUGAUCUACCAAGUGAAGAACAGGAUCAUUCCUGUAAGCAGGAUUGAUGAUGCUGUGAUGAGGAUCUUGAGAGUCAAGUUCGUCAUGGGCCUUUUCGAGAAGCCACUAGCUGAUCUCAGUAUGGUUAAUGAGCUUGGGAAACAGGAGCAUAGAGAUUUAGCUAGGGAAGCUGUGAGGAAAUCACUUGUGCUGUUAAAGAAUGGCAAAUCUGCUGACAAGCCAUUGUUGCCCCUUCCCAAGAAAGCACCCAAGAUUCUUGUUGCUGGAAGCCAUGCUGAUAACUUGGGGAAUCAAUGUGGAGGAUGGACCAUUACAUGGCAAGGCCAAACUGGAAAUGAUCUGACUUCUGGCACCACGAUCCUGAAAGCAGUGAAGACCGCAGUUGCUCCCUCCACUCAAGUCGUCUACAGCGAGAAACCGGACCCCAGUUUCGUGAAAUCGGGCAAGUUCUCCUACGCCAUCGUGGUCGUGGGCGAGCCACCUUACGCCGAGACUCAGGGCGACAGCUUGAACCUGACCAUUCCGGCAGCUGGCCUGCGCACCAUCAGCAACGUCUGUGGCUCGGUCAAGUGCGUCGUCGUGGUGAUCUCGGGCAGGCCAGUGGUGGUGGAGCCGCACCUUGCCAAGAUCGAUGCUCUGGUGGCUGCGUGGCUUCCAGGGACAGAGGGACAAGGCGUUACCGACGUUCUGUUUGGUGAUUUUGGGUUCACUGGGAAGCUGGCUAGAACCUGGUUCAGGUCGGUCGAUCAGCUUCCUAUGAACGUGGGUGAUGCACAUUAUGACCCUCUGUUUCCAUUUGGGUUUGGUCUCACCACUGAGCCGAUCAAGAGUUAGAAAGGUUGAUCUUUUUUUUGGCCUAGUAGUUGAAACUUGAAGCAAUAUCUAAAGAGUAAGUCGUGAAAUGGAGAAAUGCAAUUGCGAGGGAAUACGGGAUUAUAGAAAGAUGAGGUUAUUGAGUGAACGUGUUGUUGACUGCUGAGUGAGAAAAGGGAUGGAUAUAUAACUGAAGUCCCUCUUUUCCAACAAUUUGUAAGGAAUGAAGCUCUUUUUUUGAUGCAUUGAAAUAAUUGUUUGGGUGGACUAAAUAUGAGUUCACACC